UUGAUCUACAAAUCCCUAAGUAACAAAAGUCAGCCUAUCAACGUAAAAUCCAAUAUAAUUCGGAAAAUAAAUAAAAUAUAUUGGAAAAAUAGUUUAAAAUAUAUGGCCUAUAGUCCUUAAAUGAUGAAAUAAGUGAAAACCGUGGAAUUCCUCGAAUAUUUUGCAAGGAAAACCAGCGAUUUGGGCAGUACGCGAAACAGAGUCAUUUCUCCCUAAACAAAAUUGUUUUUGCAGAAACAAGAAGGUAAACAACAGAGGAUAGUAUGGCCUCCGCUUCCAGUAGCAGUGCCCGCCACCUUUUUGAUGAUUGUAAAAAACGCCUAUGUGCCCGUGUUGCCGUCAAUGUCAACAAUUUGGGUUCCGUGGCACGCCAGGUGGUGCGUAGUUCGAAAUCUAACGAGAUUCUGGGCCAAUCGAUUAGAAAUUUCACGCAAGUGGACAUUGUUUCGGACUACAGUGCCCAAAAUCUCAACAAGAUGUCGUUGAUAUUGCAACAUGUCAACUAUCAUUAUGAUGCCAUGAAUGAUAGUGUCAAUCAUUUGGAUUACCUAAAGGAGCAGGUGCAGGAUAUGGAAAGGUGACUGGAGGCCCAA